AUGAGGGAGGGAGGAAAAGAGGAUGCAUUUACAUUGUAUCACCAACAUCACGAUACUCCUUCAUCUCCUACCACCUCAACAGCUCUUCCAGCACUCGGUCAUGCCAUAAGUGGUGCAACUGGAACUGCCAUCUCGAAUCUCUGCAUCUAUCCUCUCGAUCUCAUAAUAACGCGUCUCCAAGUUCAAAGAACCCUCGCAAACAGCUCUUCUUCAACUACCUCUAAAACACAAAAAUACACAUCAGUCGCAGAUACCUUUGAUAAGAUUUACCAUGAAGAAGGAGGGAUUGCUGCAUUUUACAGUGGAGUUCUACAAGAUACAUCGAAAUCUAUCGCGGAUUCUUUCCUCUUUUUCCUAUUCUAUGGAUACAUUCGAUCAAAACGAUUACAAUCUCAUAAUUCAUCUUCCAAAGCUGCUCUUCCAGCGCUAGAAGAAUUAGGUGUUGGUGCGUUAGCUGGUGGAUUGUCAAAGUUCUUCACUACUCCUUUAUCCAAUAUCGUCGUACGAAAGCAAACACAUUCAAUGACUUCCUCCGCCGGCUCAAAGGCUCCCACCAUAUCUUCCAUAGUAUCAGAUAUACGAGAGAAGAAGGGCAUCACUGGUUUCUGGUCUGGUUAUAGCGCCUCUUUAAUCCUUACUCUUAAUCCGAGCCUUACAUUCUUCUUAUAUGAGUUCCUGAAACGGGCUCUGGUGCCGAGAAAUAAACGCGAUGAUCCAGGGGCGCGGAUAACAUUCUUAUUAGCAGCCCUUAGUAAGGCUGUUGCAAGUAGCGUUACAUACCCCGUGAGUCUAGCUAAAGCUCGAGCACAAGUCGAUGGAUCUUCUUCCUCAAGCCCAGUCGACAAGGAGAGUGUCGAGAAGUUUACAGAGGAUGUAAAAGAUGCAACAAGGAAUAAAUCCAGGGAAUCUGCCAAAGAAGCAGAAAAACACCUGGUAGAUGUUUCCAAAAAGGCGAAGAGAAGAACCAUAAUACAUUCAAUACUCAAGAUUUACAAGGAAGAAGGAAUAGGAGGACUGUACGAGGGUAUUGGAGGAGAGAUUAUCAAAGGAUUCCUCGGCCAUGGAUUAACAAUGAUUGUCAAGGACCGUGUUCAUGAACUAAUCAUCUCGCUUUAUUUCACGGUCUUACGUCUCCUGAACCGUAGCCCUUCAUCAAAAGAAAUAAUAAGCGAAGCAAAAGAAAAAGUAAUCGAAAACAGCGAAAACCUAGCUUCGAAAGCCAGAGAAAAGGGCGAAAGUGCUCUUAAUAGCCUCAAAACAACAGGUGAAAGCACUAUCCAAUCUGCUCGCGAAACCACCUCAAAUAUUACAUCCACCGCUCAAGAUUCCGCUACAAAUAUCUCCCAAUCAGCAAAAGACGUUUCUGGAAAAGUAAUCAACGGAGUCAAAAGCGCAGGAGAAAAAACAAAUGCUAAUUUACCAACAACAAAGGAAACAACGGAUAAAGCAACAGUAAUAGGAAAUAAUCUAACGGAAAAAACAAAAAAUACAAAUGAAUACGUGAAUAAGGAAGCGGGCCAUCUAUUAGGAAAUGCGGGUGAACAGUUAGGAGAGAGGAUUGAGGGGUUAGGAGGGGAGGUAAAGAGGCGAUAUUUGGGAUUGGAAUUUGGGAAUACAUAUGUGGGUACAUACUGGGCGGGUGGGAAGCUUGAAAAGGAUUGGCAAAAGGGUUUUGAGGGUUUGGGAUGGUGA